CUUCAGAGGAGUUUUGGAUCCGCACAGCGCGCUACCGGGCAGCAUGGACGCAGCAGCAGCGAGCAGCAGUACGCCGAUGCCAUCGACGACGCAUGUGAUGGACGUGGCCAAGAAGCUGCCAAGCGCGAGCAAGAAGCACUCGGGCAUGAACGGCGGGCGCUGGACCGACGAGGAGCACGAGAGCUUCCUCCUCGGGCUCAACCUCUACGGCCGCGAGUGGAAGCGAGUUGCGUCCAAGAUCAAGACGCGCACGUCGGCGCAGAUUCGAAGCCAUGCGCAAAAGUACUUUGCGAAAUUGGCCAAGGACGCCGAGAUGCAACUCUCGGGCGAAAAGGUCGAGAACCCGGUCAACAUGUCGGACGAAGACGACGCGAGCACUGCGCCGAGCGAGGCCGAGACUGACAUGGGCGACCACAGCCCGCCACGAAAGGCGCGGUCCGACUCGACCGACGCCAUCAUUCCGUCCCAAGAAGAGCUCCUCUCGACCGUCGUGUCGCCUGUGCUACGCGAACGCGUCUCGACGCUCGUCGACGCCGAAGUCUGCGCGCUCCAAGUGCUCUCGUGGUACGCAGCGUCGGCGACGACCACCAACAACACCAACUGUCCACCGACCAAGCGGCUGUGUAUCGAAGAAAAAAAGCACUUGACGCUCCAUAUCAAGAAGACGGGCGCGACGCUCAUCCCGCUCGUCCCGCGAGCGCCGCUCGUCGUGCUCUCGUCGAGUACGACGACCCCCCGCGUCCAUGCGGAUACCCUCACGCACUUUUCUGCCAUUAGUCUCUCCAAGUCCGUAUGAUUUAAGCAGCUUAUUUGUACCUA